CUAGGCGUGGUUAGACACGCCCAAAUCAAAAUGGCUGCCAACGGUGUGGUAGAAGAAGACUCAAAAACUAAAGAAAUUGAAGAGAAGGCUGAGACUGAAGAGCAAUUCUGUCAAACUGAAGGAUGUGAUAAACCAGCUGCACUACAGUGCCCCACUUGUAUUAAACUAAGUAUUGCUGGAAGCUUCUUCUGCUCGCAAGAUUGUUUCAAAGGUUUCUGGGGGACACAUAAGCUCGUACACAAGAAGACGAGCUCUUAUAAUCCCUGGCCGUCGUUUAAAUUCACGGGACCACUCAGACCCGCACCUGUUACCCCGACCAGGAGUGUUCCUAGUCAUAUAUCACGUCCGGAUUAUUCUGAGGACGGGGUACCUCGGUCGGAGAGACUGGCAAAGAGCAGUGGACAGAUAAAGCAGCUGUCGCCUCGUGAAAUAAAAGCAAUGAGGAAAACUGGACGACUUGGUAGAGAAGUCUUAGAUAUAGCAGCAAAAGCCAUCAGACCAGGAGUAACGACUGAUGAAAUUGAUAGGAUUGUCCAUGAAGCUUGUAUUGAAAGAAAUUGCUAUCCUUCUCCAUUGAAUUAUUGCAACUUCCCUAAAUCAUGUUGCACUUCAGUGAACGAGGUCAUUUGUCACGGUAUUCCGGACAAACGAGAACUCGAGAACGGUGACAUAUGCAAUGUUGACAUUACUGUGUAUUACGGCGGGUUUCAUGGAGACCUCAACGAGACCAUGUUUGUUGGAAAACCGAGUGAGAGAGCCCAAAAGAUUGUUACAGCUGCAUACGAGUGUAUGAUGAAGGGAAUCGGCAUUGUUCGUCCUGGUACUAAGUAUCGUGAUGUUGGUGCCGAGAUUCAGAGCCACGCCCAUUCUAAAGGUUUCAGUGUCGUACGGAGCUACUGUGGCCAUGGGAUUAAUCAACUGUUUCAUACUGUUCCGAAUGUACCACAUUAUGCAAAAAAUAAGGCGGUAGGUGUAAUGAAAGCUGGUCAUACUUUCACAAUUGAACCAAUGAUAUCUGAAGGAGUGUGGCAUGACGUCACUUGGCCUGAUAAUUGGACUGCCGUCACAUCAGACGGGAAACUCUCUGCCCAGUUUGAGCACACCCUCCUAGUAACUGAGAGUGGGUUUGAGAUACUGACACUGAGGGAGGAAGGAGGAGGGAGACCUCAUUACAUGGACCAACUGAGGGCAUUGGUUUAAGGAGAGGGAGAGGGGAGUCAAUUUAAUGUCCAAUAUUUUAUAAAGUCUUAAUUAUUUCAAAUAUAAAAUAAUAAAAGUAACAUUUUCAAAGAAGCAAAGUACCAUAUACUACACAAAAGUAAGUAAAAUAGAAAAAUCCAAAUUAUCCAAUCUCAAAAAUUAAAUACUGACUGUAAGUUAUAGAAGAAAAAACUAAUUAUAAAAAUAAAGUCACACAAUUUAAAAAGUGCCAAUUGGAAUAACAAACAACAACAAUAAUCAGAUCUUCAUCCUUUUCAAUGCCUCUAUUACUUGAGCCAUAGUAGGACGAGCUCUAGGAUCAGCUUUAAGUCCUCUUUGUAUGAGAGACUUCAUAUCAGA